CAGUCAGCCUCCGCCACCUCGGCCGCUAGCCGCUCUCCAGAACACUGCUGGCCUGCGGUCUGCCGCCGCCCCCAGCCGUCGGGCGCCGACCCUCCCACACUCCGCCGCUGGCGCGCCGAUUCAUCCAUGAGCUUGGAUUUCCCACAUUACAACUUCAGGAUGCCUAACAUUGGAUUCCAGAAUCUGCCUCUCAACAUAUAUAUUGUGGUUUUUGGUACUGCAAUAUUUGUCUUCAUUCUUAGUUUACUCUUCUGUUGCUACUUGAUUAGGCUAAGACAUCAAGCCCACAAAGAAUUUUAUGCCUAUAAACAGGUUAUAUUAAAAGAGAAAGUAAAAGAACUGAAUUUACAUGAGCUCUGUGCAGUGUGUCUCGAAGACUUCAAACCUCGAGACGAGUUGGGAAUUUGUCCAUGUAAGCAUGCCUUCCACAGAAAGUGCCUUAUUAAGUGGCUGGAAGUUCGAAAAGUGUGUCCUCUGUGCAACAUGCCAGUUUUGCAGUUGGCCCAAUUACACAGUAAGCAGGACCAUGGGCCACCCCAGGGCCCCCUUCCUGGAGCAGAGAACAUUGUAUAGCUCACUGCAAGAAUCAGACUGUUCCUGAAUGUGACAUGGAGCCAGGAGGAACAGAAGCAGACUGUUGGCUGCUCUCUGCCUGGGGUACCUGCUGCCACUUCGUUUGCUUCAAGAACUCAGACCAGCUGGAUUGAGAACCUAGGCAUCUAGAUCUUGUGACAACCAAAGCACUCUGACACUACCCCAUGCCAAGAGAAGUGGAUGAGCCUGCAGGUUUGGUUCCAGAAACUUCCUGAGCAUCUCUUGCUAGCUCCCAGAUACUUUACCUCCAUGUCAAGCAGAAGGGAAGACAAAUACAGGUGUUAGAAAAGGGAACUGAGGUAGGUCUUGAAAGCCACAUCCACCUGUGAAUGGAUUGAUUAGCUGCUGUGCAGACCUCACAUGCCUUUGUAGCCACAAACCUUCCUGAGCCAAGUGCAACUGGCCCUCGUGUUAGCCGAAGCACAACCAGCUGCCAGCACUUGGUGAGGCAGUGCCUGCAAGGCUUUUCACAUUAUGAUCAUUGGAGGCCACAUUGGAACCUCUAAGGCUUUGGGUCCAAUAUCAGCAGUGCCUCUUCAUAUCCACACACACCCCAGUAUAUAACACUUUCUAUCAAAUCAUAUAAGCUGGAAACAUUAGGUACACUUGGAAAGGCUUGGUCAGAGCUAUUUAUCAUUCCUCCUCCUAUUCACUAGUAAAACCUACCAGGAGCCCACUAGGGGCUUGGUCCCACACUAUCCCUGUGUAACUCAGGGUGCUGCUCAUACAGUUGGUUCCUUGAGAGCUGCUGGCCUGAACCCACGAGCUGAGGAGGAGCCCCUCAAAGAGCCAAUCCACCUGUCCCAGUUGAAGAGGAUGCUGACCCCUUUGCCUCUCCCAGUCUUCCUCUUCCCCAUCUUGCCUUUUCCUGCUUCCCUCUUACCUACUAUCUGUUUCUAAAUAAGAAAAAUCUAUCCUUACCUUUUUAACAGUUUGUCUCAAGUAAGUUCCCUUUGUGAUUCUGAAGCCCAAAGCUGGUGAUCCACUUGGAGUUGCAAAUAGUUUCAGGAAGCGCCUACAAAAUUGUCCCUUCUAUUGGUGUGUGCCUCAGUAUUUGACUUGAGAUUGUUAAUUGAAAAUGUCUUUAUAGGAAAGAAAUGCAUGCUGCUCUUUGACUCUUUCUGUCCAACUUUUCUAGAAAUGACUGAGUUCACUGGGAUCUGUGAACACUGUGUAAACUAGCCAUGAAAAGCACCAUUGGUGAGCCAGAACAUUCUUUUCCACAGCUUGCUCUCCCCUCAUCACAAGAGUACUGCCACAUCACCUCGUCAACUACUCUGCCUUGCUGCACCCCUCAGGCAAGAGGUUUGCACAGGACAGUCUGCAUGACAUGGAGGAUGGCAAGUGUUGUGCUGGUCUGCUCAUGCCUCCAUAAUUUUUUUUUUUCCCCCUGGAAUCUGGCCUCUCCUAUCUUAAAACAAGAGGGAAUCUGUCCUUGCCUCAAGUAGUUGGAGUCACAUAAGGAUGAAAAAAAUCCUAUUUGCCUAAAACUUGCUAUGGAAGCCAGGUAUGAUAGUGCAUGCCUGUAAUGCCAGCAUGGGAAGCUAAGGCAGAGAAGAUCACAAAUUUGAGGUCAGCCUGAGAUACAUAGUAAGAUCCUGUCUGGAAAAUACAAAAACAAAUAAAAGGAGAAAGGAAGUAAAGUUCUGGGUAGAAUCUAGUUUGGAAAAUUACAAAUCCAGUUGGCUGUUUCCAACAUGUGGCAUGUCAACUGGACUCCUUCCUACAUGGAGUAAGAAGAGUGUGUGAACCAUUUAUUUUAUAUAAAUGCCUUAGCCUGAUGGGCCCACUGAGAACUCUAUACACAUCUAUGUCCUACUCCUGUGUUCUAUACACAGCAUGAUAAGUUGAAUGUUAAAAACAUCCAGUUUACAGUGAAAUGUUUUCAGAUAGUCAGAAGUGGGUUUGCCCCUGGCCUAUCCUUGUAUCUAUACUUCCCAUGGCAUGUUAUGGGGCUCAGAUGGAAAGUGUUUUUUUUUUUUUUUCUUUUGAAAGGAGGAAUUCCAUAUGAUCUAUACUGCACUGACGGUGUUUGUAAAAUCCUAGCCUUUGAGCUGUAGCGCUUUUCAGUCUUUAGUACUUAACCUGCCUCACAGAAGCUGUAUUUGUACAGAGGCAAAGUAAUUCAUCUGUUAAGAGCUCCAGGCAGGCUAGAGAUUGGUGUGCAGUCUGUAGUCAGGGCUGUCGGAGGAAAGCCCAAGAGUGACUACUAAGGUCUGGGUCUGCUGGGCCUCUGACUGCUCAGCACCUGUGACAACUACAAAGGCUUCCUUGAUUUUUUCAAGCUGAGUUGGAAGUUAGAGCUGUGCAAGUCUUCCUCCUGCCUCUAGUUAUCAUGGAGUUUCUGAUGAGGUGGACACUUCCUGCUGCAGCAGGACAGCACCACUCCCAGUAUUCUGCACCUGUUAGCUACACAACCCCAAUACUUUGUCCCUGAUAGCUGUGCAUCAGGUUAAGUUAGGAAUUUACUGUUUUAGUUCAGGCCCAAACCUACAGUUAAGACACCCUUUCCACAUCCUGGAUACAUGGGAAUUCUGUCUGGUCUGCUCUUAGACCACUGGCCAUUGUCGUAAACAGCUCAACAACUGGAUGUCACUUGUGGGCAGUGGGUUAGUCAGCCCCAGCUGGACUCAAUGUUCCCUGCCCUAAGUACAAUGAAUUCAGCUGGCCUUAGAAACAGACCAAACCUAGCCUUUGACUUUGGGUCAGCCAAAAACAUAACAAGUUGGUGUCUACUGCUUCUCUGCCAAGGAUAAUUUGGUUUGACCUGUCUCUGGUGGUUAAGUCUCUUGCAGCUUUGGUUUACUAGCCAGAGAGAACAAAACAAACAGCUAAGUAGCGACAGGUAGUCUCUGGGAAGUGGACUGAGGGCCCAGAGGACCUCCCAUCAUUGCCAAACACCAUCCUUGAAGAAGAGCCUUCACAGCCUCGCCCCAAAGCCUGUCAACAGGCUUUGAUUGGACUCUUAAGUUACUUUAAAUGGCUAUGACACUUGUUCUGAGGCCUCCCAGAGCUCUAACAGGAGUGCUUGGAGUAAUGGAAUUGCUUCCUCACCACUCUCCUGUGGUUCUCUAUAGGUUAGCCUCAUUUCCUUACCAGGGAUUGCAAUAGUAGUCCUGCUACCUCAUCAGAGGACUCUCCAGCCCAGCGCCUGGGUGGGGGUGGGGGGCAGGGCUGAGGGCGGGUUAGCCUGCUCCUGUCCUUUCCUCUCAUGCUCUGCUUUGCUACCAUGCAUCUUGACCUGCUCAUUGCUAAAGCUGUUUCAACAGGCAGUUCACAAGACUCCAAUCACAAGUCUUCCUUGUACUCUACUCCAAUGAACAGUCAGUCUGUUCCUUGUCUCCUUUCAGGGAUUUGCACAGAUUCGUGUGUAUGUAGUCUUUCAUUUAUGUAGGAAUAUUGGUAAAACAGUGAGCAGAAUUGCAGGUUGUUUCUGAAAUCGCAUUCCUUUUGAUUAAGGUGUGUUUUUGCUUGAUUUCAACCUGCUGGAAUGAUACAAAUCAUAAACUAUACCCCCCCCCACACCCCCAAGUAAAGGAACAACCAGUUUUCCAACCUUGAUGUGAUAGGCAUAAGCAGUCUAGACAGUCUAGACAGGUACCUGGACAAGAUGUCAUCCUCAUCUUGACCACUCCAGUCAAAGUCCAAUGGGGAUGGGGGAUGUCUGGCUGCUUUUUGAAGCAGGAUUUAGAGCAAUAGCAAAUGAAGGCUUUUGUGGACAUUUCUUAAGUCUCCAAGGCUAACUGUGGUUAAACCUGAGUGUCCACAUGAGUCCAUCCAUCCUGGGCACUUCCAGAAGUAAGUGCUUCCUAUAAAGUUUCCCCACCUUUCUCUGGUUAACAGAAAUCACUCUUGCUAGCAACCCCCACCCCCUCCCCAGUAAACUCCUUUUUGCUUUCUUAAAAAACGAAAAUCAAAGCUACUGACUCUCCUUGCUCACUUGUCUCCCUGGUACAGCCAACCUGCAUGCACCCCAACCUAAACUGUGGGAAUGCUGACCCUUCUGAGACUUACACAGGCUCUGGCCUGGACUAGUCUUCCCUUGAGCACUUAGGAAAUUCUUAAGGAGAUAGAGAUGUCCAAUACCUACAUUCGGAACUGAUGAUUGAGAAAUGCUCGGUCAUGGCUCCUUAGCAAGUUAACAAAGGAUUCCAUGUACUUCUGUUUACUGGACGCAUUAGUAGAAAAGGGGCUGUUCUAUAAAUCUAUUGCUACUUUUCCAAUUAAGUGUCAAGACACAAGUUGCAAGGUAAGUUUUUAUUCCAUAUUUAAACCAAGCUUCAACACUUACUUGAUUAACCCAGUGCUUGCUUCUACAGCCACAGGGUCAGAGAGAAUGCUACUGCUACAUUGAUAGCUUAGAACACAUAAUGCUCUGCCAGCAUCAAGGGAUUUGUGCUCUACUAAAGCUCUUCCAUUCUACCCCGUCAGGCCCAGCUUGUAUGGAAGAACAGGGUGGCCAGUGUUAGUGAGUCCUCCUGGUGACAGCAAGGUCUUCCAAAAGUGCCCUAGAACUGUUGUUUCUCAGUCUCUUGACAGGUCAUGGCCAGGAAGAGGCACUUUAGUCUUGAGGUGAAGCCCAAUGGGGCUUAUCCACUAGAGAUAUAUAUAUAUAUAUAUAUCUCAAAAUAAAGUUUAUGAAAUUCUGAGUCUCAGGUUUCAUAGACAUGUUUGUAUACUAAGAAUUCUGCAGCAGAAUAUUUUUAAACAUUUGUUUUUGUAAGCUAUAUUUUUGUAUAUUUAAUUGCUAUUUUAUAACUUUAAUGCAUUUUUUUGCUAAUCACUUGUUUAAUAAAAAUAUGCAUGUAACUGACUCAAAUACAUGUAAAUAGAAAGCAGACUUUGAAAAUACUUUUGUAUCAAGCAUGUACCUUUCAACUUAAACACCUGAUGCAAAACUUGAGUGGUCCUCAUUAAAUGAAACAAUUCAUCAGGA